GCUGACGUCGCCGGGCCCGGCGUCGCGUCAGGGCUGGCCGGCGGCGGAGGCGGCGGCAGCGGCGAUGGCAGCGGACCCUGAGCAGGCUUGAGGGCUCAGACCCAGCUCGCUCCCGCGCAACCUCGGGCCGACUCGGUGCUGCGGCCUCAACUCACUUCGCUCCUGCUCCCUCCUCAGCCGCUGCCUGGGCGGAGGCGGAGGCAGAGGCCCGGGCUGGCUGCCCUGCUUGUGCCCCGGCUCGGCCCCGGACUGCCCGGCUGCUGUGCGGAGAGGAGGCCGAGUCGUGAAAAGAGAAUACUGAAGAAUAGGAUCUCAAGAUGAGUAAAAAGCCCCCAAAUCGCCCUGGAAUCACUUUUGAGAUUGGUGCUCGUUUGGAGGCACUGGACUACUUACAAAAAUGGUAUCCGUCACGAAUUGAAAAAAUCGACUAUGAGGAGGGCAAGAUGUUGGUCCAUUUUGAGCGCUGGAGUCAUCGUUAUGAUGAAUGGAUUUACUGGGAUAGUAAUAGAUUGCGACCCCUUGAGAGACCUGCACUAAGAAAAGAAGGGCUAAAAGAUGAAGAAGAUUUCUUUGAUUUUAAAGCUGGAGAAGAAGUUCUGGCUCGUUGGACAGACUGUCGCUAUUACCCUGCCAAGAUUGAAGCAAUUAACAAAGAAGGAACAUUUACAGUUCAGUUUUAUGAUGGAGUAAUUCGUUGUUUAAAAAGAAUGCACAUUAAAGCCAUGCCCGAGGAUGCUAAGGGGCAGGAUUGGAUAGCUUUAGUCAAAGCAGCUGCUGCAGCUGCGGCCAAGAAUAAAACAGGGAGUAAACCUCGAACCAGCGCUAACAGCAAUAAAGAUAAAGAUGAAAGAAAAUGGUUUAAAGUACCUUCAAAGAAGGAAGAAACUUCAACUUGUAUAACCACACCAGAAGUUGAGAAGAAGGAAGAUCUGCCUACAUCUAGUGAAACAUUUGGACUUCAUGUAGAGAACGUUCCAAAGAUGGUCUUUCCACAGCCAGAGAGCACAUUGUCAAACAAGAGGAAAAAUAAUCAAGGCAACUCAUUUCAGGCAAAGAGAGCUCGACUUAACAAGAUUACUGGUUUGUUGGCAUCCAAAGCUGUUGGGGUGGAUGGUGCUGAAAAAAAGGAAGACUACAAUGAAACAGCUCCAAUGCUGGAGCAGGUAUGAAAUGGUAGCAUUUGAUUUUUUUCGAGGUUCCCACUGGAAUGAUCACGGAGCUCUAGUAUCUACGUAAUUGAAAUUGCCCUUUUGAUCAGAUAAGGGAAUAGGAAGCUAAUUAAUUGAUGAUAUAUUUUUAAUUCUCUCUUCUCCAAGGUAUACAGAUAAACUACAGACUUUAUUAGUGUUUGUUUUCAAUAGACUGGUAUUUAAAGCCUUUGUCUCCAAAAUUGGAAGGCCUGGAGACAGGCAUCCCAGGGUAUAAGCUUCCAGCUGGAUCACCUUUAACUAGCUUACAAAAAGACCCUUACACAAAUACUUUUCAUUUGUGAGUUAAAACAGGGUUUUUUGACAUCUAAUAAAGCUUCUUUUGUAAGAAGUUUCUUUUAUAUUGUAACAAUUGGUGUUGUUAGACUGUGUUUUAUGAAUUGAUCAAUGAGCCAUACAUUUUUGCUAGGAUGUAUAUUUUAAUAACUACAAAAAAAAAGAGUUUAGAAAACUAUUAAGGAUCUGUCUUUAAACCACCUAAUACAGGAAUUUAAAAGUGAAGGUUGCAGUUGCUAGAUUUUGCCUUGGCUACCUUCAGAUUCCCACAAUACCUGUACAUAAUGAACGUGCAUGCUUUUACAUUCUCUAAGGGCUUAACUUCGUAGGCACUGUAAGACUAUAAGAACACAGUAAUAGCCAUAACUGGAUUUCCUUGGUUCUCCUGUUUUAAAAUCUGAGCCUUAAUGUAGUUUUAAAAUAUCCUUUUUGUAUUAUUUUAAUUUUCUUUAUUAGUAGUCUAAUAAAGAAGACUUUAAAAUGAGUAUCUUUUGCUCUUAGAUGCAUUUUAAAAAAUAGUCCAAAUUUAAUUGAUAUUGUAUUGAGUUUUUCAGGGUAAUUUUAGGCCUGGUUUGAUAACUGCAUUGUUUUGGUGCCUCCAUUAAUGUUGUAUUAAAUCUAUGGUCUUUUAAAUUGAUUAAUAUGUCAUUGACUCAUACCUUCUGAUUUUCUGUGAUCAUCAAACGGUUAAGUCUUUGCCGUUAUUGUCAGUAUAUCAACCAAAUUUUAAAUGACUUUUUUACUGUGUAUUAUUACUAUAUUCAACGUCCCAGAUAUAACAGUAUUUUGUAUUUUCACCACUGUUUAUGGUAUUCUCAGAAUGCGAUAAAUCAGGGACUUGGGUAAUAAAAUGUUUCUGGAAAAUUCAUUACAAUGUCAAUCUUUUAUUACGCACAAUCCUGCUGAGGUGAAUGUGAUUGUUAAAAGUACUUAUUAUAUGUGGAAGUUAGUGUAGAGGGCAGUACCCAUUUUAGAAGUACAGAAAACAUUUUGAAAUUGAAUUUAUGAAAGAAAGAAAGAAAGAAAGCAAGGGAAAUUGUAUAACUCGGCUAUUUCUAUUUGCAUAAUUUAAAAAAUUUUGAGAGUCCUUGCCAGUUUUGUAACAAAGAGACCAAUGAUCGUUAAUGAAAAUUUUGUAAAUUAUUUUAGAUUUUAAGGAACGUCAUGCUGUUCCCUAAUUUUUUGUCAUUUAGGUUGAUUUCAAUGUGAAAAUGUUUUGUAACCAAACUCUUAAUUUUUAUCCUACAUGUUAGUCCUGCUUCAAAGUUAAAAAGCCGAGUUAUAAAGCUCUUAAUUACAUCUCAGUUGGUAUCAACAGUAGACAUAAAGGAGAGAUAUUGAUUCUCACUAACCUCUGUUUCCUAAUGAGUUAAAAUAAUGUCAGUCAUGACAUACAUUGAUAAUAAGCCUAUAGCCAAACUUACUGUGCUAAUGGAUUUAUUUAUAUUUUUAAAAAAUUCAAUCUCUGUGGUCUUGAACCCCAAUUCUCAGCUUAUUAAUUAUAGAUUAUUUAAUUGUAUUAGGGAAAUGUCAUGUUAUAUUUACUUUUGGAUAAACCUUGCAUUAGAUGCAUAAUAAUUCAGUAGGUUUUUAAAAAUGUUAAUUUGUCCUUGUUUAGAAGUUAAGCACCUUAUCAAGAUAUUAAUUUAAAUUUCAAAAUCUUGUUUUAUAACUUUGUAACCCAAGAGUAAUGGAUGCUGUAGUGAUGUCUUUCACUUAUGUGAAGAUGAACAAUAAAAUUGUUUAUUUACAAGUAA